AGCUGAAGCUUCAGCUUAUCUCAGACAAACAAACAAUGGACGGGAGACUCUGUCAAUACAACACUCAAACAAACCCAUUUUCUCUUUCUCUCUCCUUCCGCUAUCUAUUCGGGCUUAUUGUAUGUUUCUCCUUCCUCUCACAUCUCCACCGUUCGUCCAAAGGGUUUUGUUGGCAUCUGGAUAGAAGGAUUGAUCCAUUGACUUGGUGGAUACACCAUGUCUGGAAUUCAUCCAGCUGUGGACAAUGAAACAAAAAUGGGAUCUUUCAAGAAGGCAGCAUUAAGUGCAUCAGCUAAAUUCAGACGUUCUUUUUCAAGAAAGGGUAGAAGAAGCAGUAAAGUUAUGUCUGUGGAAAUUGAGGAUGUUCAUGAAGAAGAGGAGAUAAAAUCUGUUGAGACGCUCCGUCAAGCCCUUAUAGCAGAGGAGUUACUUCCUGCAAAGCACGAUGAUUAUCAUAUGCUUCUCAGAUUUUUGAAGGCGAGGAAAUUUGAUAUUGAGAAAUCAAAGCAAAUGUGGUCGGAUAUGCUUAAUUGGAGGAAGGAUUUCGAUGCUGACAGAGUCAUGGAGGAUUUUGAAUUCAAUGAAGUGAGUGAAGUUUUGGAAAACUAUCCACAAGGACAUCACGGAGUUGAUAAAGAGGGCCGUCCCAUUUACAUGGAAAGACUAGGGUUAGUAGACGCUGGAAAGCUUUUGCAAGUAACAACUAUGGACCGUUAUGUGAGGUACCAUGUACGCGAAUUCGAGAGGACUUUCAAUGUAAAAUUUCCAGCUUGCACAAUUGCAGCAAAAAGACAUAUUGAUCAAAGCACAACCAUUCUUGAUGUGCAGGGAGUGGGACUUAAAAGUCUUACGAAAGCUGCAAGAGAUCUUAUCCAGGUUCUUCAGAAAAUUGAUGGUGAUAACUAUCCAGAGACCUUGAACCGCAUGUUCAUCAUCAAUGCUGGUUCUGGAUUUAGAUUGCUGUGGAACACUAUCAAAACUUUCCUUGAUCCAAAGACAACAGCUAAGAUCCAUGUUCUAGGUAACAAGUAUCAGAGCAAAUUGCUUGAAAUAAUUGAUGCCAGUGAGUUGCCAGAAUUUCUAGGAGGUAAAUGCACUUGUGCUGAUCAAGGAGGCUGUAUGCGUUCUGAUAAAGGACCAUGGAAGGACCCUGAAAUCCUUAAGUUGGUUCAAAAUGGGGGUGCUCGUUGUAAAAAGCAAACCGGCAACCAAGAAGAGGAGGAGAAGACUGUACCCGAGACUGAGGAUGAAACACCAGUUCAAAAGGAAGUCAGCUCACCUAGUGGCAAGGAGGUAGCCCUAGUGAUGGAAAAAGUGCCUUCAAUCUCAACGAAACCGGCAAAGGAUCAAGAGCCACAAAAUCUUUCUCUCGCAGUUGCUACAAAAAAUCCUCAGCAACAGUCGUUCAAGUAUGAUCCUUUGAUGCAAAGGACAGAAAAAAAAGUUGAUAAUCCUUGGAUGCAGAUGGUUGAACACGAGAAAUUCAACACUCUUUCACAAGGAGGAGCGGAUGUUUUCGCAAUGCAUUCUGGUUAUAAGGCGCCUGAUGAAGGUUUCAGCACUCAGAUCUUCACAGGCGUUAUGACUGUGGUGACGGGAAUCGCCACCAUGGUCAGACUGACGCGUAAUAUGCCGAAAAAGCUAACUGAUUCAACCCUCUAUUCCAAUUCCCUCCGUUGUACAGACGAGGUUCCCAUCGAAACUACAUUUACACAGCAGCAGUCUCAGAAGAUUCAGGAACCUGCAAUCUCACCCGCGGAGUAUGUGGCUGCCAUCAGACGAAUGACUGAACUGGAAGAGAAAGUUUCGGUUUUGACUGCCAAACCAACGGUCAUGCCACCCGAGAAGGAAGAGAUUCUCAAUGCUGCUCUGGACCGCGUUGAUGUGUUGGAGCACGAACUUGUAGCCACCAAGAAGGCAUUGGAGGAUGCACUUGUACAUCAACAGGAGCUAGUAGCCUAUCUUGAUAAAAAGAAAAAGAAGAAGAAGCUGUUCAACUGGUGAAGAAGACGAAGACGAUGAACAAGUUUGAUUUGGGUUUCUUAGGUGACCGAUUGAUGCUUAUUUUGUCGACAAACAAUUUUCAAGCAAGUUUUCGGUGGGAGGUAGCAUAGCAUAUCAUCUAUAAUAAUAAUUUAUUGUUCUAGAUCUCGACGCCAAUCCAUCUUUGUAACUCAUUGGUUUGGUGUAUGGUCUUGUUAAAGUGGUAUUUCUGAAAAGUCUUGCGCUAUUGAUAACAAUUAUCAAUCGCAUUGGCUCGUCCUAUUAUUAUUGUAUAUAUACAUUUCUCUUGGUAACCAAUUCAUCCUCUCUAUGAAUAGUGCACAAAUUUUGUUCA